UUAAUAAUGAAUAAUCAGCUUGUUUGAAAGGCUAAACAACACUGCUUACAUCAUCUAACACCACUGCUAACUGAUUUCUUAGAACCUGUCUGCUUUGUGACAAAACUGAGAAACACCUUCUAUAAAAUCGGCCACCCCUUGACGAUGGAGUGCACAUUCACCGGCAGCCAGAGGAUGUACGUCAGCUGGAUGAAAGAUGGCAAAUCCAUCUGGGCUUCAUACAAAUACAACGUCAAGACCACCAAUUUCUCCAGCACCCUGGAAGUUCUCAACAGUGACAGUCGGGAAGCCGUCGGAAAAUACUUGUGCGAGAUUUCCAAUUCAGAGGGUUCUGCUAUUUGCCAUGCUUUGAUUAAGAUAGAACCUGUACGCUUUUUAAAAGAGCUGGAAGACACCACUUUCAGACUUUCGCACUGCCAGCCCCUGUCGCUGUACUGCAUGUACAGUGCCAGCCCCAGGGUAUGAGCUGGAGGAAGGAUGGUAAACCAAUCUGGGCCUCCUACAAGUACAACGUCAAGACCACAGACAGCUCCUGUGUUCUGGAGGUUCUCAACAGUGACCGGCUGGAAGCAGUUGGGAGAUACUCCUGGGAAAUAUCAAAUUCUGAGAAUGCUGCUAUCUGCUAUGCACAGGUCAAACUAGAUAAAACCUUAGACAUGAAGAGUCGUAGUGAGCGCUCAUUGUUUUCAGUUUUUAAAACCAAGAAUUUAUUGAUAUUUGACUUGCAUCUGAAAAAUAAACACACCACCAACAUUAUGCAAUUGGACAGAUUAUCAUAUCUUUAUUUUCUGUGGUUACCUCACCACCAGACAA